CUUCUUUCCUAGUUGAUUCGUCCCAUUGUUGAGUAGUGUUGUGAGGGUCACCGUUGCAUCCAUCGCUGACUGUGGUGCUGCAGUUGCUGUUGGUAAUAUUGGGGCCAUUGUGUAGCGGUAAUCCGUAGUGGUGGGGGUGGAGGCCUGACCGGAGUCAUUACUGCGAUGGCUGACGAAUGCUGUGUUGCUUAUUGUUAUCAUCAUCAUCAACGGCAUCAUAUUAUUGCUGCCGCUGUUGCUGAUGAGCGCCAUUGGUGGCCCCAUUCAGUUGCAGCUGGAUGUGAUGUGUGUAAUGGAGCCUUCUGCUUGGCUGGUAACUGCUACGGUUUAGUUCGCGCUGCCGCUUGUGAAGGUGGUAUCGUCGUAGGAAUCGGAUGCCACAGCAUCGAACGGCCACGAUAAUAUAACCGGAGGAAACGGAUAGUUCAGGCAGUCGUUGACUGACCGAGUUCGCACCAGCGGCGGCCGGGCAGCAGCGGCGGCCGGGCAGCAGCGGCGGCCGGGCAGCAGCGAUAACACGCUGACUGUAGCAGCCGCAGCCAACAAAGUCGUGACUGGUGCCGUUUUGCUAUUCCUCGUCGUGCUGAGACAGACUAACGUUUGCUACUGUGGCAGACCACCACAGCUGUUCCUGCUGUUGUUGGCGUUGGCCUUUUGCUUCGAUAGCAGCAGCAGCAGCUGUCUGUGGCGGUCUUUCUCGUGUGGUGGCUGUCAGCGAAAUAAUUGCCUUUUUCAAUAAUGUAGCUAUAGCAUUCAUUAUUAGAGACUGCGCCUGGGGCCGACAUUUGCCGCAGUGUGCCACGGAGCUGAAACCGGCUAAACAAUCUACGAGACGUGUGCCCGUCUGUUCAGAUAUGUGACCGAAAACGACAGAAACAAUAGCGGCGAGAACGCCAGCAGGAGCAGUUGACGUGACUCGUGAAUUUGUGCGAGAAUUUAAACAGAGUCUUGCACUUAUUCCCCUCGGCUACAAACGUCUUGUUCGAUUUUUGCAGGUGCAAAAAGAUACAACUAAUAUCGGCAACAGUGCCGAGAUCAAAUGCUGUAUCGCGUAUUGUGUUUCGUACUUCCUGUAUGCGAAUGAGCCUUUCGGUGUGCUUGUGUAUCUGUUGCGCAUCAGACGCCUGUUGUACCAUCGACGACAUGCCGACGCCCCUUUGAGUUACUCUGAAAGUCGAAUUCUACAACCAGUGUUAAGUUAUAUUGAGUGCAGAGCGACGCAACGAUUUGCAACGAUCCGUCCGACCAGGAGCAGCACGCAAGCCCCUCGAGUGCCAAGAGGGAGCGUGAUAGUGCUGCGUUGGGAUGGUCGUCAAACUUCAAUGGCCGUCGAGUCCGUGACGGAACAGCGCAAGGCCAGAGAGCUCAGCGCGGACAACAUUGCCCUGAAGGCUAGGCAGGUCAUCCGCGUCGUGGAUCCGUCAGCGGGCACCGGCGGCGGCGUCGGCGGCUCGACCUACGAAGGCGAAACGUCGAUCCAUCCGAGAGGCCACCUGCGGGGCACUUGUGCCGCAGCAGCAGCAGACGGCGGCGGAGGAGGGGGCAGCCAUCAAAAUCCGCAUCAGUUACCCACCACCUCCUAUUACUACCAGAACAACAGCAGUGGCAGUGGUAAACUGCUCAGCCGAAACGAUUUUGGUAACGGCGGCUUUCACUCAAACGGUAACGGGCCGUCCACAACGAUCUCACUUAAAGCCCGGAAUAACCAUCGAUCGCGCGGACAGCAGCAGCAACAACUUGCACAACCACAGCAGCCACAUAGCCGUCAGCAGCAGCAACCGAACCAGCCUCAUCACCUACGCUCUACGCACCUUCAGCCGCAUCAGCAGCAGCAACAACAACAACAGCAUCAUCGUCGUCGUGACUCGAUCUCGAGGGGUGGCGACCCUGAUUCCGAGUGGGACGACUCCGAAGCAGCGUCGCUGCUCGAUCCAAACUCGAGUGGUAACGGCAGCGUUCGGGGCGGUCGACGAAAGACCAGCAAAAGGUACAGCAACCUCCUCGACCUCGGCAACAUCGUUCGGCAACACACGCAGCUGACUGGGGUCAGACACCAUAGCGGUCAUAAAACGGGCGUGCUGACUGGCCCAGGUGCCGCGAGUGUCGCGGGCGUGUCACGACUUCUUUCGCCCCUGUUCUCCUUGCUGUCUGGGGUGUGUCUUGGGGUCUGUGGCCGGUGCUGCCGUUUUCGUCGGCGAAGGAGGGCCAGCAGUUGGUUUUGGUGGUGCUGUUUCUGCAAUUGUCUAGCCAGCUGCUGCUGUUUCGCGAAAAUGCGCGGCUCACAACUCGCUUGGUGUUUUAAAUGUUUCCGACGGCCGGAACUCCGGCCGCGUCAGGUUUUCCUCGGACGCGAGAGCACUGACCAGAAAUUUCCCGCUAACAAGAUUCGUAAUCAGAAGUAUAAUUUAUUCACAUUCAUUCCACUAGUGCUGUUCCACCAGUUUAAGUUCUUCUUGAACCUGUAUUUUCUAGCGAUAUGUUUAACGCAGCUGAUUCCGGACCUUCGAAUCGGCUAUCCUUACACCUACUAUGGCCCACUAUUAUUCGUUCUUUCUGUGACAUUAAUCCGUGAGGCGAUUGACGACCAUCGUCGGUACCGACGGGAUAUUGAGAUCAACUCUCGGAAGUACAAGAAACUCACAACGGAUGGGGUCGUUGAUGUGCAUUCGGCACACAUCAAAGUCUCCGAUCUGAUCAUCGUUGAGAAAAAUCAAACAGUCCCGGCUGAUAUGGUUUUUCUACGGACAACAGAAAAGAACGGCACAUGCUUCAUUCGAACAGACCAGCUUGACGGAGAAACCGACUGGAAAUUGCGACUUGCCGUGCCUACAACGCAGCGACUGGAAAUGACUGAGCAAUUGGUGGAGUUAGAUGCGUCAAUAUAUGCAGAAGAGCCCAAGCGCGCUAUCCACCAUUUUGAAGGAACCUUCACCCGGCACGAUCGUGAUCAGCAUGAAGAGUCGCUUGCCGUCGAGAAUACACUCUGGGCAAACACCGUUGUUGCUUCCGGAACAGCUGUCGGUUGCGUGAUCUAUACCGGUGUUGAAACCCGUUCAAUGAUGAACAACAAUGAGUCUCGCUCGAAGAUUGGAUUGCUUGACGACGAAAUCAACUCUCUCACCAAGGUUUGCGUAGCAGCCGUUGUAGUGCUGGCUUUGGUAAUGGUUAUUCUGAAAGGAUUUGAUGGCCCUUGGUGGAACUAUUUGAUUCGAUACAUCCUUCUCUUCUCGUAUAUCGUACCGAUUUCAUUGCGGGUCAACCUGGACAUUGGCAAAAUCUGUUAUGCAUAUAUGAUUCAGGCUGACAGUCGCAUCCCCCAGACAGUCGUACGAUCGAGUACCAUUCCUGAGGAGCUUGGUAGAAUCAAUUAUUUACUUUCGGAUAAAACAGGAACACUCACUAAAAACGAAAUGAUUUUUAAGCGGUUACAUGUCGGUGAUCAGGGCUAUGGAUCCGAGGGUUUCGACGAAAUCCGCACAGUUCUGGCUCAGUGGUACGAUCCGACAGGUAAUCGAGAAAUCCAGCUCCUACAGCAGCCGUCUACGUCGAGGGUGACUAAAAAGAGCAAGGCACUCAAGGUACAUGAUGCCGUGUGGUCAUUAGCGUUAUGCCACAACGUUACGCCCGUCUUCGACAACAAUAACUCCUCAUCGAACGGCAACUCGAGCAGUCCUACUCAGGACACGACGCUGCUGGACCAGCACCACAUUAGUACAGGCAAAUCAACUCAUUCUAUUGGUAUUGACGACAUCUCCCCGUUAGACUCGUCAUCCUCGUCAUCGACUCCGCUACGCAGCCCUGUUUCGAAUUUCGGCAGCGUGGAUGCAUGUGACCGACAAUCGGUGGUAUACCAGGCAUCCUCACCAGACGAGGUAGCAUUGGUGCAGUGGACGGAGAGUGUUGGCUUAACAUUAGUGUUCCGUGACAUCACGCAGAUGAAGCUAAAAACUCCUCACGGCAAUACGCUAACUUAUACGAUACUAGAGACAUUCCCAUUCACAUCCGAGCGCAAGAGAAUGGGCAUUAUCGUCCGAGAAGAGAGCACAGGGCAGAUCACAUUCCUUAUGAAGGGCGCUGAUAUGAUAAUGUCGCAAAUUGUCCAGUAUAAUGAUUGGCUUGAGGAGGAGUGUGAUAAUUUGGCGCGUGAAGGCCUUCGCACGCUCGUUGUGGCUAAGAAAGAGCUCUCAGAGGAGAUGUUUGCCGAGUUUCAGACGCGCCUGCACAAAGCCAAAGUGGCUAUGCAAGACAGACAGGACCGUGUCAACGAAGUCCUGAUGAGUCUUGAAAAAGAUCUCGAGCUUGUGUGUCUCACAGGUGUUGAGGACCAACUACAGAACGAGGUAAAGCCAACCCUUGAACUUCUUUCAAAUGCUGGCGUGAAGGUGUGGAUGCUCACAGGUGAUAAAUUAGAGACGGCGACGUCGAUAGCAAAGUCGUCGCGUCUUGUUAGCAAGAUGCAGGAGGUACAUGUGUUUGACACGGUUACCGAUCGAACAGAGGCACAUGAGGAAAUGAACUCGUUCCGAAAGAAGAACGAUGCGGCGUUAGUGAUUUCCGGCGACUCUCUUGAGGUGUGUCUGCGUUAUUACGCAGCGGAAUUUAUGGAGUUGGCGUGCGCAUGUCCAGCCGUUGUGUGCUGCCGAUGUUCGCCUACGCAGAAGGCCCAGGUUGUGGAACUCAUAAAGAAACAUACCGGCAAACGGACGGCAGCAAUUGGCGACGGCGGAAAUGACGUCUCCAUGAUUCAGGCGGCAGACGCUGGCAUUGGUAUUGUUGGCAAGGAGGGCCGACAGGCGUCACUGGCAGCCGAUUUUUCGAUCACACAGUUUUCGCACGUGUCCCGUCUAUUACUCGUGCACGGACGGUACAGCUACAAGAGAUCAGCUGCCCUAUCGCAGUUCAUUAUCCAUCGAGGCCUUAUUAUCUCGGUCAUGCAGGCGGUGUUUAGUUCAGUGUUCUAUUUUGCCUCAGUGGCGUUAUAUCAGGGUUUCCUGAUGGUUGGGUAUGCGACGGUCUACACCAUGUUUCCUGUCUUUUCACUUGUCCUCGACAAGGACGUUACCCCGGAAACGGCGCUUACGUAUCCCGAGCUAUAUAAAGAAAUGGGCAAAGGACGAUCAUUGUCAUACAAGACAUUCUUUAUCUGGGUGCUCGUCUCAAUUUACCAAGGAGCAAUCAUUAUGUACGGAGCUUUGGUAUUGUUCGAGGAUGAGUUUAUACACAUCGUCGCCAUCUCCUUUACUGCCCUGAUUCUUACUGAACUCCUAAUGGUUGCGUUGACAAUUCGGACGUGGCAUUGGUUCAUGUUGGCGGCAGAAUUGUUGUCUUUGGGCAUCUACGUUGCAUCGCUUUUCUUCCUUAAGGAAUCAUUUGAUAAAAACUUCAUUCAGAGCGGCGAUUUUAUUUUCAAGGUCGUCUGUGUUACGCUACUGUCUUGCGUUCCCUUGGUUCUGUUGAAGUACAUGCACAAGAAAGUGGCACCGCCCUCAUACUCGAAGCUGUCAUAAUACGAGGAUAAUCACCAAUACAACUUCAUCAUCACCCUAACGGCUUGUCAGCAUUUUGCGCCUUGACAAAUUCUCACGCGAGGGCUGGAAAAAGUGAACGCCAUACAGCCAUAACAACUAUACAUAAAAAAAUUCUGAAGUGGCAAGAAGGAGGAGCUAUUCUGUGGCGUUUAAAACGAAAGUACAUUUUCCUAUAAACUUUGAACUAUUAUUAGCAAAGAUGGCAUCGGCAAACAUUUGGUAGCAUGAUCGACGCAAACUAAGAACAGGAAAGAUUACAACAUUUAUCAUCCAGUGCUCUCGCAGAAGUUGUAUAGCAUUACCGGUUAUUAAAAUGCCGUGUACCAUGCUACGAGUGAUGUUUUCUUUUAGUUGGUUUUAAAUGCGAUGGCGAACCCAUAAUCUGUAUGGAAAAAUGGAACUUGGAUGUGAUGCUGUAAAGUGGCUCAGGUUCUCUAGGCGGUUUGUGUUACAAAUACAACCGCCCUUUGUAACUCAGCCGCCGAAUACCGUAAAUGAAUAAAAAAAUGUCAUUGACCAACAUAUGCAAAUGGUGGUAGGUAAAUUAUUUUCGCGUAAAUUAGUUUUUUCUUAAAAACCUUUUACGCCACGAAGAACCUUCUGGCUGUCCUAACUGAAAAGAUUACAUCCACGGAUUUUGAAAAUUUCACGGAAUGUUCAGUAUUAUAAAUGUUUCUUUCAGAUUUUAGUCCUUUAGAUUAAGGUACGCCCGUCUCAAUAUAAACAACUUUUUUACAAAGGCAAUGAAAAAAGAUCGUUAGCAUGCAGUAUUCGAGCCAAAUCGUCAAACGUCUUACUACUUAACGGAAAUACCCAAAAUGACUAGCCUUCGUCUGUUUGAAAAUGCGAGUGGUCUUAAAAAUAUUUACAUAAUACAAAUAUAAGUGUGCGGAAAGUGGAUGCGAAUUUAAUCACAAUGCCAGCUAUGUGAAAAAGAUCCUUGUCCGGUUUUAUGGCUGCCCUAUUUGUCUCUAAGUCCCUUGACACAGCUUGAUAGAUUGUCUUACUGUUGCCAUCUUUUCUGUUCUAGUUCUAGGAAUUAUAUGCGUACAGCGUAUAAAAUAAGCUUUAACUUUGGUUAAAUGUAUACAAGUUAAAAAAGUGGGUUAAGAUGUUGUAACGUUAGUCAGCAAUGGGUGAUACAAGUUGCCAACUAAUUGUUUUACAAAGAAAAAUGUUUUACGAUUUCCUUUGGAAUUUAUUAAAUACAACUGGCAAAAGUGAAACGACCUAUUACAUUGCUGUUUAGCAGAUUUAGUCCAGACUGUACAAACUGAAUUAAAGGUGAGAAGAAAACGCUCUUGGCUGUUCCUACUAUGUGAACAAGUCAUCGGAAUUACCUCUAAAGUAUAGCAUUAAGAACCUGCUUCCCUUGGAAGUUCUAGUAGGGUGAGUUUUACUAAACUGAUCUGGAAUUUCCCAAAGAGGGUUACGAAACGCCAAGGUAACAAUUGGCCAACGCUGAAAGUUGAAUCAAGGAUGGGAGCAUGUUUAUAGCUACCAUGGCAACAAACUUAGAGACGCGCAUGAGCUAUCCCGACCAAACCGCCUGAUUCUUCAAAAUUCUUCUGCGCUGUGGAUGUCGAGAACGUUUACCCCAACAUUUUGAAAACAUUUGUCCACCUUUCUCUGUUCUACAGUAUUGGGCCAGCAUUUAUUCCAAUAACCUUUCCAUUUCCAUUGUUUAAAAUGCCAAAUAAUUGUCGUUUAUAUCAAGGCGUUUGUUGUAUGCAGGCGAUGACGGUUUUAGUUACUACUGUUUGUCUGAUGAAGACAAGUUAUGCUGUAGUAUAUGUCCAGUUGAUCAAGAUGGGUUUUUUGUCAGAGACUUACAAUUUUAGUAAAUAGUUCAAGUAAAAGCAUGACACGCUGUACAAUGGAAGUGCUACGAAAUGAAAUAAUCUUUAUUCGAAAUGGCAGGUAAAGAGACAAACGAAAUCGCG